AUGAGAAAAAAGAAAACGAACCUCCUCACAAUACUGAAUCCACUAAUUUCAGCCUUUUUGAGGCUUUACGGAUUGAAACCUCAAACUGUGGAGAUCAAUCCGGGGACGGUGAUCCAUUUCUGGGCACCGUCCCAGGUCGUCGAAAGCUACAAAUACCGUCAGGUUAAACCUGCAACCAAACGUACUUCUACUAUCCUUUGCCGGAACUGGGGUGCUGGCGUGGCUCCCCAAGUUUUCGUGCCGGACCCCCUCCACUUCGGUGGCUCCCGUACUGACUGGUCGCCGAAAUUCCACGCCGACUGCUUGGCAAAGGGCCUAAAAUUGCUCGGCGUGAAGAGCUGCACGGUGGUGGGACGCAGUUACGGCGGGAUUGUCGGGUCGAAGAUGGCAGAAUCGGAUCUCAAGUUGGUAAAGUGUAGGGCUGACAAUACGGGUCACGGCACAACAACAUCACACGAAAACACAUGA